AUGUCCAAAAGAUCGCAAAAGGAGCUGGAGAAUGACGACUUGUCGGAUAUCGAUGUCUCGUCGACAGAUGAAGAAGUGGAACAGGAAGAUGAAGAGGCGGAAGAAAUGAUCAACGUCGACUUUGACUUCUUCGACCUAAAUCCAAAAAUCGACUUCCACGCUACAAAGAAUUUCUUGAGACAGCUGUUUGGAGAAGACUCGGCCUUUUUCUCGCUGUCUGAAAUUGCAGACAUGGUGCUGACGGAGGGCCGUGCAGGUUCGACUAUCAAGACCGACGGUGAAGAGUCGGAUCCGUUUUCAGUGCUCAGUGUGAUCAGCCUGACCGACAAUCUGGAAGCCACCUCGAUUAAGGCGCUGGUGAAGUACGUGCUGGAAAAAACCAACAAAAAGCCUCAAUUCAACAUCGUUCUUCGGCAACUGUUGUCAGGAAGUUCAAAGUCGCGCGUAGGACUUGUCGUUAGCGAGAGACUCAUCAACAUGCCUGUGGAAACUGUGCCUCCAAUGUACAAGAUGCUGUUGGAAGAGAUUGAGAAGGCCGAAAAUGCUGCCACCGAAUACAAUUUUGAUUUUUAUCUCGUUCCGUCGAGAGUGUACAAAUUGGUUGCUUCGACGAUCGACCAGGAGAUGGAGGACACUCCGUCGUCCAAAAAAAUCAAAAAAGGCCCCAGUGCCCACAGACACGCUCGACUACUUCCAUUACGAGGAUGA